CAACAUACGGCGGCUGAAGAAGGUGGAGGAGGAGGAGGAGGGCGGCGUCACGGGACUGGUCAUCUCGCUCUUCACUCGCUGCUUCCGGCGCUCCCACCACCAUGCGACACGAGAGGCAGCGCGCACCGCACACCGUCACUUCGACCACCAUCACCACCACCACCGUCACCGUCACCAAUCCCGCCGACGCGACGCAAAACGCCACCCGCACGGGCUGCAGCAGGCGGGGCGCGGUGACAGGGGCGCAGCAGGCGCGCAGGAGGAGGCCGACUCGGGCGCUGCAGCGACUCGCGCCGACUCCACCGACUCAGUGGCUGCUGCGACGCUAAACGCGCUGUUCG